AUGAAUUUCUCAGAAUUUGUAGAUAAACUCAAGGAAUGUCAGCGGACAGGAACUCAAAAAGUUUACCUGCAACAACUUCUCUCCGAGAAUGUAGGAAAGAGAAUAAUAAAGGACUUUAUUGGUUUCAAUUGGAAUUGGAUCAAUCGACAGAAAGUAAUCAACCACUGGGGGCCACUGUCAUCAAAUCUUCUCCUUGUAGGCAUGGAAGGCAAUAUAACAUCAGUCCAUUAUGACGAACAACAAAAUUUCUUUGCCCAAGUUAGAGGUCAUAAACGGUGUGUGCUUUUCUCUCCAGAUCAAUUCAAAUCUCUUUAUCCCUUUCCAGUUCAUCAUCCACAUGACAGACAAAGUCAGGUAAAUUUGGAAAAUCUGAACUUGAAAAAAUUCCCCAAAGCUGCUGAACUUAAAGGAAUGCAUACAAUCUUGGAACCUGGAGAUGUUUUGUAUAUUCCAGUCUAUUGGUGGCACCAAAUUGAAUCUUUACCAAAAAAGGGGGUCACAGUUUCAAUAAAUUUCUGGUAUAAGGUCAGAAAUUAUCUUGAAGAAAGCAUCACAUAUCCAUUGAACACAUCCCAGAAAAUUGCUAUAAUGAGAAAUAUAGAGAAAAUGAUAACAGAUGCACUUGGUGAUAUAGAAGAGGUUGCUCCCUUCAUGCAGACAAUGGUGCUUGGCAGAUACACAUAA